AUGGAUCAAUCUCAGAAUCAGCGAUCACUAACAACCGCACCACCACCGUCUCGUUCUGUCCAAUUCCACCCCGCUCGAGUACCGAUUCUCGAUCUCUUCACUCUCUACUUAGAACUUGGAAGAAACAGUCGUAACAAACUGGAUGACUCACUCCGCGAACCACCUAACAAAACUCAAAAACGGGUGCAUGCUAUUAACAGAGAGCUUCCACCGCCGAAUGAGCAAUUUAUUUUAGAUUUUGAGCAACUUCAGAGCCAGUUUCCGGACUAUGAGCAGUUACGUUUUGUGGCUGAAGCUGUUCUUAUACCAUUGGUUACACAAUGUAGUGGUCAUGGAUCGAGAUCAGACUUUCUUAUUUUUAUUUUGCGAAGCUUGAGCGGUAUUGGGUGCAUUAACUGGGACUCCUUUCUUCCGUCCCUUCUUUCUUCAGUUUCUUCGGCCGAAUUACCGGUUGGUCAAAUGAGUCAAGCAGUGCCAACAGUUACCUCUUCUAGCUUGUCACAGUCGGGAAUGCUGCCUCCUCCAAACACGAUUACUAAUUCUUCUAACUUUCAGUCUUCAAAUCCUGCAUCUCCAUUGAAUUCUGUCCACACUAUUGGCUCCCCUGCACAGUCAUCGAUUGAGCCGUUAUCUGGUGCAGCUCUAUCUCCUGUAAAAUCAUCUGAUAUUUCCUCUAGUGGAUUACAGUUUAAACUAAGAGGCAACCCGUCUGUUAGAAAUAAUGAUAUCAGUAACAGUAGUCUUCGCCAGCUAUGUUGCAAAAUCAUUUUAACUGGUCUGGAGUUCAGUUUCAAACCUGUGACAUAUGCCGAAAUCUUCAACCAUAUGCUGAAUUGGCUAGUGAAUUAG